AUGGCCACCGGAAGAAGAAGGGCAACAGGGCGGCGCCCAAAAAUCUCUUUGAUCGGCGGCUCGGUGGCUCUGCUACUCCGCCACAGGCUGUUCUGCGCAGAUCAAGAGCCCAUGGCGUCCACCGAUCCUGGUCUUACAGGUGGAAGUGAUGAUACAUAUGUAAGGCAUAUGCUUCUGAGAGCUAGAAGCAAGGGAUGGCGUGUUGUGGUGAUUAAUAGCCGUGGAUGUGCAGACAGUCCUGUUACUACACCCAAGUUCUAUUCUGCUUCAUUUACAGGGGAUCUCCGCCAAGUUAUUGGUCAUAUUUUAGGACGUUAUCCCCAGUCUAAUGUCUAUGCUGCCGGUUGGUCUGUUGGAGCGAAUAUUCUUGUGCGCUACCUUGGCGAGGAAACAGAUAAAUGCCCUCUAUCUGGUGCAGUCUCCUUGUGCAAUCCUUUUAAUUUGGUAAUUGCAGAUGAAGAUUUCCACAAAGGAUUUAACAACGUUUAUGAUAGAGCAUUGGCUAGGGCUUUGACGACUAUAUUUAAGAAGCAUGCUCUCCUUUUCGAAGGGCUGGAGGGUGAAUAUGAUAUUCCCAAGGCCGCAAAUGCAAGAACUGUUAGAGAUUUUGAUGAGGGGCUAACCCGAGGUCAAACUUUAUCUGUUCUCUGUGCUUCACUAGAAGCUAAGACAUUAGGAACAAUAGAUACAGUUUAA